AUGGCCGCCUCCACCCUGUCCGUCUGCUCCAGCGACCUGAGCUACGGCAGCCGGGUGGACGACUGCCCAGAGAGCUGCUGCGAGCCCCCCUGCUGCGCCCCCAACUGCUGCGCCCCGGCCCCCCACCUGACCCUCCUCUGCACCCCAGCCAGCUGUGUGUGCAGCCCCUGCCAGUCAGCCUGCACCAGCUCCUGUACUCCCUCCUGCUGCCAGCAGUCUAGCUGCCAGCCCUCCUGCUGCACCUCCUCCCCCUGCCAGCAGUCCUGCUGUGUGCCCGUCUCCUGCACACCUGUCUCCUGCACACCCGUCUGCUCCACACCCGUCUGCUCCACACCUGUCUCCUGCACAUCCAUCUCCUGCACACCUGUCUGCUGCAAGCCUGUGUGCCAUGUGCCCAUCUGCUCCGAGGCCUGCCCCUCCUCAGACCCCUCCUGCUGCCAGCAGUCUAGCUGCCAGCCCUCCUGCUGCACCUCCUCCCCCUGCCAGCAGGACUGCUGUGUGCCCGUCUCCUGCACACCCGUCUGCUCUGGGGCCGCCCCCUGCCCAGCCCCCUCGUGCUGCCAGCCCACCCCCUGCUCCUCGUCCUGCUGCAGACCCUCCUCCUGCGUACCCUCCUCCUGCGUGUCCCUCAUCAGCCGCCCUGUGUGCAGACCCUCCUCCUGCGUGUCCCUCAUCUGCCGCCCCGUGUGCAGGCCCGCCUGCUGUGUGCCCGUCUCCUCCUGCUGUGCCCCCGCCUCCUGCCAGCCCAGCUGCUGCCGCCCGGCCUCCUGCGUGUCCCUGCUCUGCCGCCCCGUGUGCUCCCGCGUGGCCUGCUGUGGCCCCGCCUCAGCCCAGAAGUCCUGCUGCUGA